AUGAUAGAGUAUGAAAGACAAGUGACCUGCCCAAGAUCACUCGAAUUCGAUUUGGAGCGAAACGACUGGGGGCGAAAACGUCAGGGAGCGAAACAACCGCAAUUCGGAGAUCAUGGCAUGAGGAUAACAAAAAUGGCGGAGGAACAGGAGUUAACCCAGCUGGAGGUCCUCUGUAAGCAGCUCUAUGAGACGACUGAUGCCAGUCUCCGGGCUGAGGCAGAGAAGGCCCUUGUCAACUUUGCCAAUUCUCCAGAUUGUUUGACAAGAUGUCAGCUACUGCUGGAGCGUGAGGAUUCGGCAUAUGCCCAAUUGCUUGCUGCGACCACGCUGACAAAGCUUGUAUCCAGACCUAAUGUCACAUUACUACUGGAACAAAGAGUGGACAUCAGAAACUAUGUGCUGAACUACCUUGCCUCUCGCCCAAAGUUGACCAACUUUGUCUCUCAGAGUCUGGUCCAGCUGUUUGCUCGGAUAACGAAGCUCGGGUGGUUCGAUGUCUCCAAAGAUGAGUAUGUCUUCAGGAACGUCACGGAUGAUGUCGGAAAAUUUCUGCAGAGUCCACGGACUGAACAUAAUAUGAUAGGAGUGCAGCUCUUGUCUCAGCUCGUCUGCGAGAUGAAUCAGAUCAGUGAGGCUGAAGCCAGCCGCUCCCUGACCAAACACAGAAAGACAGCGUCUUCAUUCCGUGAUUCUCAACUCUUCGAGAUCUUCCAGCUUUCUUGCACUCUUUUAAAGAAUGCUGCAGGGAACAUUAAAAAUCUUGACUUAACUAAUGAAAGCCAGCUUGGUCUACUGACGCACACCCUACGGCUUGCCCACAACUGCCUCACAUUUGAUUUCAUCGGGAGCUCAACCGAUGAAUCAUCUGAUGACCUCUGCACUGUACAAAUUCCCACAAGUUGGAGAUCCGCAUUCCUCGACGUUCAAACUCUCCAAUUGUUCUUUGAUCUGUAUCAUGGUUUGCCACCAUCUCUCUCAUCUAUGGCUUUGGCUUGUUUAGUUCAGAAUGCCUCUGUUCGGAGGUCGCUGUUCAGCACCGGAGAGCGUGCUCAGUUUCUCAAUAAUCUGGCUGCUGGUGUUAAAGGAAUCCUCGACAAUCCUCAGCGUUUGUCGGAUCCUAGCAAUUACCACGAGUUUUGUCGCCUGCUUGCCAGACUGAAGUCCAACUACCAGCUGGGAGAGCUGGUGAAAGUGGAUAACUAUACACAACUGAUCAAACUCAUCGCAGAAUUCACCGUCACAAGUUUACAGAUGUGGCAGUUUGCUCCCAACAGUGUUCACUAUCUCCUGAACUUGUGGCAGCGAAUGGUUGCCUCCAUGCCUUACGUGAAGACGUCACAACCUCAUAUGCUAGAGACAUACACGCCUGAAGUGACUAAAGCAUAUAUUACCUCUAGAUUAGAAUCUGUUCAUGUUGUUCUGAGGGAUAGCUUGGAAGAUCCUUUGGAUGAUCAGGGUAUGGUUCAACAGCAGCUUGAUCAGUUAUCGACAAUUGGAAGAUGUGAAUAUGAGAAAACCUGUGCAUUGUUGGUCCAGCUUUUUGACGAGGCAGCGCAGCGGUAUCAGGACCUCACACGUUCCGGUGGUCAGGCGAUGGAGCUCGCAGUUCAGGAGGGGAGACUCACGUGGCUGGUCUAUGUCAUAGGGGCUGUAAUAGGUGGCAGGGUGUCGUUUGCAAGUACGGACGAACACGACGCCAUGGAUGGGGAACUUGUGUGCAGGGUAUUACAGCUGAUGAAUCUGACUGACUCCCGGUUGACCCAGCGAGGUUGUGAGAAGCUAGAGUUGGCCAUCCUAAGCUUCGUUGAACAGUUUAGAAAAAUGUACGUUGGGGACCAGGUGCAGAAAACCUCGCGGGUUUAUCGUCGGCUUUCAGAGGUGCUGGGCUUGAGCGACGAGCCAAUGGUGCUAAGUGUGUUCAUAGGAAAAAUAAUCACUAACCUGAAAUAUUGGGGCAACAGUGAACAAAUCAUUUCUAAGACCCUCCAGCUGUUGAGUGAUUUGUCGGUCGGCUACAGUAGUGUCAGAAAGCUGGUCAAGUUGGAAGCUGUUCAGUUCGUGCUCAAUAAUCAUACAAGUGAACACUUCCCAUUCCUUGGCAUCAACAACAACACCAACCAGAUGAGCGAUAUGAGAUAUCGGACGACAUUCUAUACUGCCCUCGGCCGGUUACUCAUGGUCGACCUAGGGGAAGACGAGGAGAAAUUUGAACAAUUCAUGCUGCCUCUUACCUCUGCAUUUGAGGCCCUUGGAAGUAUGUUGGCCAGUUCAGAGUCGACCCUCUUCAGAGCUGAAGAAGCAAAGCGGUCGAUGAUUGGUCUUGCCCGUGAUCUCAGAGGAGUUGCAUUUGCCUUCAACACAAAGCCAAGCUACAUGAUGCUGUUUGACUGGAUUUACCCAUCGUACACGCCGAUCCUUCUGCGUGCCGUGGAACUCUGGUGCCAUGAGCCGGCCGUCACAUCGCCUGUCUUAAAAUUCAUGGCCGAGCUUGCUCAGAAUCGGUCUCAGCGGCUACAGUUUGACGUCUCCUCACCGAAUGGCAUUUUACUCUUUAGGGAAAUCAGUAAAGUGAUGUCAACUUAUGGUACACGCAUUCUGACCAUGGGUGACAUCCCAAAGGACCAAGUGUACCAGAUGAAGCUGAAGGGCAUCUCAAUUUGUUUCUCAAUGAUCAAGGCAGCUCUGUGCGGGAACUAUGUGAACUUUGGUGUUUUCAGACUCUAUGGUGACGAUGCAUUGGACAAUUCGCUACAAAUGUUUGUCAAAUUGUUGUUAUCGAUAUCACAAAAUGAUCUGCUGGAUUAUCCAAAGCUGAGUCAGACGUAUUACAGUCUGCUGGACUGCCUUGCAGCUGAUCACAUGACGUUCAUUAGUAAUCUCGAGCCACAGGUCUUUCUCUAUAUCUUAUCGACCAUAUCAGAGGGAUUAACUGCUCUUGACACAAUGGUGUGUGCGGGCUGCUGUGCAACUCUUGACAACAUCAUCACAUAUUUGUUUAAAAAGUUAACGAAGAAACAGAAGAAACCCCAUCCAAACGCCAUACAAGACAGCGAAGCAUUCCUACGAAUUCUGGAGUUGAAUCCAGAAAUUCUUAGACAGAUGCUCUCCACCGUUCUGAAUAUAAUCAUGUUUGAAGAUUGUCGAAACCAGUGGUCCAUGUCUCGUCCACUUUUAGGCCUUAUAUUACUAAACGAAGAGUAUUUUAAUGAACUUAGGAAGAAUAUAAUCAGUGGUCAGCCAGCGGACAAACAAGAUGCCAUGGCCCGGUGCUUUGAGAAACUUAUGGAUGGAAUCGAGAGGUCCUUGCUGAUUAAGAACAGAGAUAGGUUUACUCAGAACUUGUCAGUAUUCCGUCGCGACGUCAACGACUCUUUGAAGACGCCCGGUCCAAAUAACGUUGGGGUUCAGAACGAUAUGAUGAGCUAGCAGACCUCUGACGAGAUUAAGACAUCUCUCCAAUUCCAGGCUGUUAGAGGUCGUCGGUAUUCAGUGUGAGGACUUCAGGCCUUAGGAUGUACAUUUUGGUGUUCCACGAGCUAAUGUUGUCCGCGCCCUGAUUACUAUGUUGCUAGUUUCACAGUAGACAAGCAUACAAAGCUCAUUGGUAGAACCGGUCUAUUUAGAUUCUUUUGUUCUACAGGAUGAACCAAAACAAAUUGUUUUGACAUGACCAAUGUUGACAUAGCCGCUGAAAAAAUGAAUUAUAAGAAUGAAAAAAUAAUCCUGUGACACCCAAAAAAGGUCCGAGAAGGGAGUGGCCCUGUUCCCUUAUCGAGCUUUGUAUGCUUGUCCACUAUGUAUUUUUCUUGGUGAUGAGUUGUUAGCAAUGAACUUGUGUCUUGUAGAAUGAAGCUGUCCAGUGUAUCUCUAUUUCACUCUUGAAACUGUGAGUCUUUACAUUCAUUGGUUAGUAUUUGUAGUUUGGAUACUGUAAAGCCCUUUAUUUUUCUGUGCCUAUUAUUUUGCAUCCAGUCUCAAGCCAUUGACAUUUUGAAAGAAACCAUCAAAUGGUUUUCAUUGGAAGAAUCUAUCAUAGAAAUUGAUGUCCAGGAAUAAGGGGGUUUACAGUUUUAGGGUAGUGGUUGAAAGAUACCAAUGGGCUGCAUGUUUAUAGCUAAGAAGUGAAAUGUGCUAUGUGAUACAUAAUGAUACUGCCAUGGAACAAGACCUUUAUAUUGACCCUCCCAGGUCUGAGGCGAUUCUUUCUGGAAUAAAUUUGUGAAAAAUGUUAUCAGUGAUGCCAAAUUUAGGUUGCAGUUUUCUUUCUCAAACUUUUGAGAACAGAGUCUACCUGCGGUCCUAGAAGGUGUGUUAAUUGAAGGUAAUGAAAAUCUCUUGGCAGCUACUUAAAGAGCCCUGGUGAUCAGUUUGUUUGGGUUAAUUUCACCUUUGGCUGACCUUAGAAAUACAUUGAUUUGCUGUAACCUAAUGUAUUCCUGAAAUGAUGACCCAAUUUGUUUAAGCAUUUUCCUGCUUGUCUUAAUUUUCACUAGAAAUUAUCAUAAUGAAAACUUAUUCUGACUGUCCAACCCAUUUUGAAAAUGCAGGGUCAUUUCAGCAAAUAAUCGAAGUAAGGUCAACCUUGGUGAAAAAUAUUAUUUUGAAACCAUUUGCCGUGGGCUUUUGGGAAGUGUAUCCUCUGUUGACGUAACAUCAGGUUUCACAUGUAAAUCUGUCUUUGCUAAAUGGUUAUUUUUCAUCGUGGUUUAAUUCUGGAAUUUCAGGUGUUAGAAUGAAAUGAUUCGAAUAUGGUCCGUAUUCACUAGGAGCUGGUCUGGAUAUUCCCUUGGUUGAUUGAUUGAAAGAAGAAUCUUGGUGAGAUGAGAGGGUGGUGGAUGGAUGUUGGGGCGGGUAUUAUGAAGGAAAGGUUUUGGAUAAUCUUUUAUUGGAACAUUAAUUCUGUACUAAACCUUGGUCUAAACUUUCUAUGGUGAUAAUAAAAAUCUUGGUUUUUUUUGUGGAUGAAAAUAGCCGUAUUCAAGAUGAAGUGGUUUUCUGUGUUAAAAUUUUUUGGUGUGCAAAGAAAAUUCAAUCCAAAUAUUUUGUAGAAGGGUAAGCUUAUUAGUCACGGUAAAAAACAUUCUGGAAACGAAUGUCAGGAAUCAAGUAUAAAGUUGAGUCUUUUUGCAUGUGCUAGAAUUCAUUACAUUUCUGGUGAAAACCCACCUGUUCAGACAAUGUUUUGAAAUACCACAUUGCAGCAGUUUUUUUUGAUUUUAUGGUAUAAAAAUGAAAAUUUAAUUCAAUUUAUGAACCUUUCUGCAUGUACUGUCCUAAAAGAAAAUAACACAGACCAACUACAUAUACAAUCUUUAUUUCCCCUGUACUCACUAAAUUUACAGAAAGUUUGUAAUGAAAAUCAUAGAUUUUUUUACAGAACACAUGUACAAUGUGAAGUUGCUAUUUGUAAAUGUGCUAUAAGGAUUAAUAGAUUUCUCUUGCAGUUGAUAUUCCUGUUACCAAAUACUAGGCCACAAUCUUAAGAGUCGAUUCCUACUUCCAAUUCUAAUCGACAAGGCAGCUCACAGAUGUUUAGUGUGGGCAAACAGAUGUGACAAACAUGUAAAAGUUCUUGUCUCGAUAUAUUUUUGUGCUCUAGAAUGCCUGUGACACCUUGUUAGGGAAACUUAACAUUUCCUUAAAUUCUUGUCCCUUGCCUUACUUCUGUAGUUCUAGGAUUGUAUUCGUUAUGUUGUAUUACCUUGUACCAAGGUGGUGCGAAAUUGUCCUCCGUUUGCAAUGGUAUUACAUGUAUGUUUUGGCGCUUAGGUACAAGGUUGUGCUUCAUAAUACUGAGAAUCCGGGACAUUCAGUUAAUGUAGUAUUGUAAUUUCACAAUCAGCCGAUGUGUUUUACAAAGGUUGGUGUAUUCUCGUUGCAUUUGGUUUUCUUUGUGACACCUGGUGAUUAGUGGCAAUGGAUGAUAGUUGUGUGGGCGAUGAUGCUUGAUAUUGGUUUUAGAGCCAAGACUUGCUUGUAUAAGAUUCAGGGUCCUUGCGUUUUAACUGCAAUGGGUAUCUGAACAAUUGUUUGUUUAUUUUGCGAUAAACUCAUUUUUGAAUUAGAGAA